UAUUUCCUGAUCAGAAAAACCAGAACGCGGCGCACUCUCUUGCCCUUUCUCGGCCGCCGUAGGCGAAGGAGACGGGAGCGUUCUCGCAAUGCCUGUUGGGGCGGGCUGCUAAGUUCUUCAGAAGCGGGGGAAGUCUCUCGGAAGCGGCGGAGGUUGUGCGGAGUAGGCCUGAGGCUCCUCAGGUGGAGGAAAUGAGUCGGGCCGGCUAGAAGCCUCUUCUGGGCGAAGUGCGAAGCUUCAACCAUGCAGGAAAGCAUCCGUUUUGCUUCUUCGGGAGAUGAUGAUGUUAAAAUAUGGGAUGCGUCAUCCAUAAAUUUGGUAGACCAGUUCAGUCCUCAUUCUUCCUCCCAUCCAAUAAACUCUGUAUGUUGGGGCUGCAACAAUAAUUUUUUGGUUACUGCCUCAGGUACUGGUGAUAAAAUAGUUAUUUCAAACUAUAAGGGUAAACCAAUUCCUCUCUUUGAACUAGCUGAAGGGGCAAAACAGACAUGUAUAAGUCUGAGUUCUAAUUCUAUGUAUAUUGCAAGUGGAGGUACUGAUAGCACUGUUAAUAUCUGGGAUUUAAAAUGUAGAAAACUUCACCGAUCUCUUAAGGAUCACAAAGAUGAAGUAACGUGUGUGUCUUUUAAUUGGAAUGAUUGCUAUGUUGCUUCGGGAUCUUUGAGCGGUGAAAUUAUUCUGCACAGUCUUGCUACAAAUUUGUCCAGCACUCCAUUUGGCCAUGGCACCACUCAGCCUGUUCGACACUUGAAAUAUUCUCCAUUUAAGAAAGCAUUGUUGGGCAGUGUUUCUGACAGUGGAAACGUAACUUUGUGGGAUGUCAACAGUCAAACUCCUUAUCAUAAUUUUGAAAAUACUCAUAAAGCCCCAGCACAAGAAAUCUGUUUUUCCCCCAUCAGUGAACUUCUACUUGUAACAGUAGGUCUGGAUAAAAGAAUAAAUCUCUAUGACACCUCAAGUAAAAGACAGUUGAAGACUUUAGUAGCAGAAGCUCCUCUAACUGCUGUAGAAUUCAUGCCUGAAGGAACUUCCCUGGCGAUUGGAUCUUCACGCGGAAAGAUAUAUCAUUAUGACUUAAGAAAACUGACAGCACCCGUGAAAUCAGUCAGUGCUCACAAAACUUCUGUGAAAUGCAUAGCACUACAGCACUAUAAUAGCUUUUCAAGGUCAAGUCUUAAAGCCUCACAUAAGCAGGCUUGCAAGAGAUCUGAUGUCAAAGCAACAGGCACUACUGCGGGGAUUCAGAGUGCUGGCAUGAUAAAAAACUUGACGUCCAACAUAUCUACUACUUUCCUGCCACAGUCCAAGCCAGCUGCUGAAAUUAAAGGAGCUGAUGCUCUUCAAGAUAAAUCAGGAUUCCCACGCAGCAGCAGCUUGGAUGUGAUUCCUUCCAAAGAAAUUGAUCAUGGGAAUACUUCCAGCUUAACUAAUUUUGAUGAUUUGGGGAGAAAUAGUUUGGGUGACUUGUUCUCUCCACUUCGGGAUGAUGCUGUAGCUUGUAAAACAAGUGAAGAUGUUCCAGGAAAGGUUGAUGGUUUGGAUUUUCAACCAUAUCUUUCAAGUUUGGAUUUUCUCUCCCAGUUCAAUGCUGCUUUACCUGCAAGAAAAGGUCAAACAGGAUCUAACUCACAUAUACUACAUUCUAGUCCACUAAAUGUAUUUGUUGGUUCUCCUAUCAAAGAAGAUGAUGAGAACCCAGAUGUGGAUGCUAAGAAAGCAAAUAAUGGAAGACCAGAGUCUAGAGAACACCAAAUGCUGUUCAGCUCGUCUUGCUCUGAUUCUCCAAAUCUAAAUUCUCCGCCAUUGAUCAACGUAGUCAAGAGUCCUGAUUCUCGAGAAAGGCUUCUUAAGAAUCUCCAGGCUCAACUUGCCUAUGAAUCACCAGUGAAUGGUAGUACUACCUCAACUAGUCCAAAGAUAACUUCUGUUGCUACCGCUGGAGUUGCCAGUUCAUUAUCUGAAAAAAUAGUAGAUACUAUUGGAAACAGCAGGUUGAAUGCACCUUUAUCUUCAGUUCAAAUUCAUUUCAUUCAGAAUAUGAUACAAGAAACUCUGGAUGACUUCAGGGAAGCCUGGCAUCGUGACAUUAUAAAUUUGCAAGUGGAGAUGAUUAAACAGUUUCAUCUGCAGUUGAAUGAAAUGCACGCCUUACUUGAAAGAUACUCUUUAAAUGACAGUUUAGUUGCUGAAAACGAGAGACUGCGGGAAGAAAAUAAAAGACUCCAAGCCCACUACUGACAAUCCCUGUUCAUGCAAAGAAAAUGAGUUGAACUGUUGUACUCAGGCAUCAUGACUUCAUCUGACUGAUAUAUCCUCAGUAUUUUUCCAGAACUUUUUGUAAUUAUAGAAAAAGCAAUACAUAACAUAUUAAUCCAGAAAAAUGCACUAAUAAUGUUUCUAUCAAACUGUUUUUAUGAUAAACUUGAAGACAUUGUUUGUAAACAGGCUAGCAGAAAUAUUGUUAACCAGUUUUAGCUGCAUACUAAGUGCCUUUAUAAAAAGGGAAACUAAAUGGAAAAUGUAUUUUGUACAAAAGUUUAUUAACUUUCUUUGUCUUAAUACAUUUAUAUAAUUUAGGCAUUUGGUUGAUUUUUUGCAUCAUAGUCUGUCUAUAAAAUUUUCUUUUCCUUUGCCUGGAAAAAAAACAUUCAGAUGUCUGGCUCUCAAGAGUCAAGGUUUUGUUUUUGUUUAGUGUAUAUGCUUUAUUUUGCAAUAUACCUUUCUUUAAAUGUUGCUUUGUAAGUGUAGGGUGCAACCUUUGGAUGCAACUGAGUUUUGUAUUAUUUUGAGUAUUUACAUAAUUUAAUAGCAUUCUGAUUAAUUUGCUCCUUUGAAUAAAUAAUUUCUGGACUUUUGCAUAAUCA